AUGGCGGCCGUGGCCGCCUCCUCCGCGCUGAAGCGGCUGGAUCUGCGCGACCCCGCGGCGCUUUUCGAGACCCAUGGAGCGGAGGAGAUCCGCGGGCUGGAGCGCCAGGUUCGGGCCGAGAUCGAGCACAAGAAGGAGGAGCUGCGGCAGAUGGUGGGCGAGCGGUACCGCGACCUGAUCGAGGCGGCCGACACCAUCGGGCAGAUGCGCCGCUGCGCCGAGGGGCUGGUGGACGCCGUCAAGGCUACCGACCAGUACUGCGCCCGCCUCCGCCACGCCGGCUCGGCCGCGCCCCACCCGGCGCAGGACCCGCAGCCACAGCAGCCAUCCCAGCAGAAUUUCUACAGCAUGGCUGCCCAGAUCAAGCUACUAUUAGAAAUUCCUGAGAAGAUCUGGAGCUCUAUGGAAGCCUCUCAGUAUCUGCACGCCACACAGCUCUACCUGCUCUGCUGCCACCUUCACAGCCUGCUCCAGCUGGAUUCUUCUAGUUCCCGAUCUAGCCCUGUCCUCUCCCGGUUUCCUAUACUCAUCCGGCAGGUGGCAGCAGCCAGCCACUUCCGGUCAGCUAUUCUACAUGAGAGCAAGAUGUUGCUCAAAUGCCAGGCUGUGUCUGACCAAGCUGUCGCCGAGGCAUUGUGCUCUAUAAUACUCUUAGAAGAGAGUUCUCCUCGCCAAGCCCUCACAGACUUCCUCCUGGCCAGAAAGGCAACUAUUCAGAAACUUCUCAACCAGCCACACCAUGGUGCUGGUGCCAAGGAUCAGAUUUGCUCGUUGGUGGAGUUGCUGGCUGCCACGCUGAACCAAGCUCAUGCCCUUUUCUACACUUUACCAGAAGGUGCGCUGCCUGAUCCGUCUCUGCCGUGUGGCUUGCUCUUCUCUACUCUGGAGACUGUCACAGGCCAGCAUCCUACCGGAAAGGGCAUGGGGGUCCUGCAGGGGGAGAUGAAACUCUGCAGCUGGUUCAAACACCUGCCGGCAUCCGUCGUCGGGUUCCAGCCAGUGCUGCGCACCCUCGCGCAUCCCAUCAGCCAGGAGUACCUGCAAGACACGCUGCAGAAGUGGAUCCACAUGUGUAAUGAAGACAUUAAAAACGGGAUCACCAAUCUGCUGAUGUAUGUGAAGAGCGUGAAAGGUCUCGCAGGGAUCCGGGAUGCCAUGUGGGAGUUACUUACCAACGAGUCCACCAAUCACAGCUGGGAUGUGAUAUGUCAGCGCCUUCUGGAGAAGCCACUUUUGUUCUGGGAGGAUAUGAUGCAGCAACUCUUCCUUGACCGGUUACAGACCCUGACAAAAGAAGGCUUUGAGUCCAUCUCCAGCAGCUCCAAAGAGCUCCUGGUUUCAGCUCUGCAGGAACUUGAAAGCAGCACCAGCAGCUCCACCUCAAAUAAGCACCUCCACUUUGAGCAUAACUUGUCUCUCUUCCUCUGGUCUGAGAGUCCUAACGACCUGCCUGCUGAUGCUGCCUGGGUCAGCGUGGCAAACCGGCAUCAGUUGGCCUACAGUGGCCUCUCCAUGAAAGCUCAAGCUGUCAGCCCUUGCGUCCAGAACUUCUGCUCUGCCCUGGAUUCAAAACUGAAGGUUCACCUGGAUGACCUCCUGGCUUACCUUCCCUCUGAUGACUUGUCACUGCCCAAGGACAUUUCCCCCACACAGGCCAAGCGUUCUGCCUUUGACAGAUACGCAGAUGCGGGGACUGUGCAGGAAGUGCUGCGGGCUCACUCGGUGGCAUGCAUCCAGCACAUCACAGACUGCAUCCGGGCAGAGCUGCGGAGCAUUGAAGAAGUUGUGCAAGGGCAGCAGGACGCCCUCGACAGUGUCAAGCUGCGCGCAGUCCUUUUCAUGGCCAGACUCUGCCAGUCCCUGGGAGAGCUGUGCCCUCACCUGAAGCAGUGUAUCUUAGGAAAAUCAGGCAGCUCUGAGAAACCAGCAAGGGAGUCUAGGGCUCUGAGGAAACAGGGAAAGGGGAAAACUCAGGAAAUCAUUCCGACGCAGGCCAAGUGGCAGGAAGUUAAAGAAGUACUCCUCCAGCAGAGUGUCGUGGGCUACCGGGUCUGGAGCUCAGUGGUCCUGAAAGUUUUGAUUCAUGGAUUCACCCAGUCAUUACUUUUAGAUGAUGCUGGCUCAGUCCUGGCCACAGCCACCAGCUGGGAUGAACUAGAAAUCCAGGAGGAAACAGAGUCCGGCAGCAGUGUCACAUCCAAGAUCCGACUCCCUAUACAGCCGUCCUGGUAUGUGCAGUCCUUCCUGUUCAGCUUAUGCCAGGAAAUUAAUCGGGUUGGAGGCCAUGCCCUGCCAAAGGUGACGCUGCAGGAGAUGCUGAAAAGCUGUAUGGUUCAAGUGGUAGCUGCCUAUGAGAAACUUUCAGAAGAGAAACAGAUUAAGAAGGAAGGUGCGUUUCCAGUAACCCAGAACCGGGCACUGCAGCUGCUUUAUGAUCUGCGUUAUCUCAGCAUCGUUCUGACAACCAAGGCUGAAGAGGGGAAGAGCAGCCGAAGCAAACCGGACUCCAGAAUCGAGAAAGUGACUGACCACCUGGAAGCACUCAUUGAUCCAUUUGACCUGGAUGUUUUCACGCCACACCUCAACAGCAACCUCAAUCGUCUGGUGCAGCGAACUUCUGUUCUAUUUGGAUUGGUCACUGGUACGGAGAAUCAGUUCAGCCCCCGGAGCAGUACAUUCAACUCCCAAGAACCCCAUAACAUACUGCCACUGGCAUCGAGUCAGAUCAGGUUUGGACUUCUCCCGCUGAGCAUGACGAGCGCUCGCAGGGUGAAAUCAGCCAGCAGAAGCGUCGAAACAAAAGCCCAGGUUGUCCCCCCGGCACUCUCCAGAGCAGGUGACCCGAUGCUUCCUGGCUCCUUUUUCAGACAGCUCGUCAGUGAGGAAGACGACACGUCUGCACCUUCAUUAUUCAAACUUGGCUGGCUCUCUAGUAUGACUAAGUAACAUGAGAACAUAUCCCUCUCUCUAAAUAAAUACUACUGCAUUGUUUCUUCUAAA